AUGCCUAAUCUUCAAUCAGUCUCUGCCAGUUUGCCUCUUUUAGCUGAAGGUCUUGAGAGUCAAGCAAUGCGUAUAGUUCGCACUGUCGGCCAAGCUUUCGAGGUGUGUCACAAGAUGCAGACUCCGGAACAGGCAGCGUCUUCUGCGGCAGACGAACAGGCCUCCGUGCAAGCCAGCGAAGCGGGUACAUCUAAAGCUCCAGCCUCAGACUAUGCUCAUUCUGUGCCAUCUACGUCAAAGGAAGUCGAUGAUCCCGGGGAAAUUAUUCGGCCUACAACAUUGGAUCUCCCACUACCAAAGAAGGAUAGCAAGCGAGCACAAGUUUCCCGGCCGUCGAAGCUCUUGAAGUCAGAACAAAGCUUAUAA